CCCAUUAAAAGGAAGGGCUUGUUUCUGUUUGUAGGAGGAAAGUCCCUCUGAUAAGCAGAAGAAAGCUACUGCCUCUUGCAAUAGCUUCCUAUGCUCCUGACUGCGCCAUCCCCUGUGCUGCUCUCACUUCAGCAAACAUUUUCUGCUGCUGUAAAAGCAUGGAUACACGGGAGUUUUCUUCCUGCGGCAGAACAGAGCUGUUUGGAGGACAAAGUAAGGGUGCCGUUACCAGCAAGAUGACUGCAGGUGGCAGAAAAAUAUUUGACAUCCCACAGCAACCAUCAGCCUGUACAGACCAGAAUUUACAGCUGGGGGGAGCAUAUCACAAUCUGAUAGAAAGGCUGGCUAAGGUGGAACAAGAAAUAAGGGAGAAAAGAGUUUGGGUUAACUCUGCUGAUCUUCGAUUACAAAAUCUGGAGAGUUGCCAGAGAGAACUUCUUGGAGAUGUCACCCAAAAAGAGCUUCAAAAGAAAGAGGAAUAUAAGAAGCUGAAAGAGAAGAACAAAGAGCUAGAGGCAAGAAACAAAGAGCUCUUGUCUAAAGCAAUGAGCAUGCACAAGCAGUCUGAGGACAUGAAUGACCCUUUGCGUUUGACUGCUGUGCUGGAGAUGUAUGAGAUGCUCAGGCUGCGUGAAUGGGAAAAAUUCAGGAGCUCCUCAUUGUCCAGUUUGUCGUAUAAAGCUGGCAGCAGCAUAAUUAAGAAGGUGUUUGAUGCCUGUGAGAAAGAUAUACAGCAGAGAACAACUAAGAUAUUUGAAGUUCUUGACAUUACACCUUUGAAUGAUGCUAUGACCAACAGCAAACAGGGGAUAAUGAAAGAGAUAAGGAAUCUCUUCAGAUAUUCCUGUUCCAACAACCAAUCAGAGUUUUACAUGAAAAUUAUCAUGAAACUUGGCAGUGACAUCAAAACUCCCAUGGAAAGACAGUUUGCACUGCGCUGCUGCCAAAUUUAUUGUUUGCUCCUUCUUCAGGACCCACCAGUUGAAGCUGUGUGGAACCUAGAGGAAAGCUCAAUGCAAUAUUUAGAGCAUGUGGACAGGAAAGACUGGGAGCACUGUAGUAAACCAGUAUUUCUGUGGCCCAUAUUGAAACAAGGGGAACAAGUCAUUCUGAAAGGUGUAGUCUGGGAUGAAAAGUAGCAUGACUUCAGAGUGAGGCUGCUCACUUGUAUGAUCACAAGAAGAUGAAACAACUGCUGUGCAAUAUGCUGUUUUUCUUUCUCCCGUGAACUGCCUACUUUUCAGAGCUAGCAAGCUAGAUAUUCCUGGCUUGAGACUCCUAGGAUAAAUAAUUAUUUACAAACAUGUAUUAAAAAUGGAAGAUGUUUCCCUCAGCAGCAUGCAUACAUUUUAUGUAACAUUGGUUCCUUGCUGUCUCUAAACAGCAUUUGUGUGGAAAGAGAAUCUAUGUUUCUAGCCUACCUUACCUGCUCUUCACAAAUGCUUAUGGCAUUGUCAGGUAACAGUGGGGAUCUCAGCCACCCUGUGGAGGCACUUGCCUGCUCAGCAACAGCAUGCAGUAGGACCCAAGACUUUGCAGGACCCCUAACAGCGGUGGUAUCUCUGCCCUCCCCUGCAUCUACAGCAGGUGCACAAAGUGCAGGCUCAUGCUUUCUGCUAAUGAAUAAGCAGCAAGGAUGAAGAUGGCCCAUUGGGAAACAGGCAUCCUUCUUGGGUAAAAAUGUACUUAGCUGAGAAAGAGAUCGAGGCACUAAAAUACAAGGCUCACAAAGGCUACAAUGGACUCACAGAAGACAGGUGUUCAUAGGUAUGUGUACCCAGACACAGACACUGAGGCCCACUCUUAUAUGCCAAAAGGCCAUUCGUCUCCACACAAAUGCCGCCUUCCUGUUAGUACUCAGCUGCUUUCCCACGUCUGUACAAUUUAACGCUCCAUAGCCCUUCAGCUACAGACCUGCCACAGCUCUUGAUCAAAGUGCUCUAAAAAUUGUAUUUCACAGCGUAAGGGGGAUGCAGUGAGGCCAAUGCAUGGUUAUGUGCUCGUGUGACAAAAUAUUCAGUGAGAAUCUUGAGAUUUGCCAAAUAAAAAGACUGGAAAUCGU